CAUAUCUUGUAUCUUUUUCUGCAAUUGCAUCACUGCAGGAGGAGUGAUCGGGCUACACAUCCAGAGAUCCAGCGACUAACGAGGGGAAGACUUGUGUGAGUCACGGUGCGGAAGUACCUCCUCGGAAAGCUGUAUCUCUCAAAACACUGCACUGUGUAGCAAUGGAUGGCUUACCGGUCCACUGUAUAUGAGGGACUCGUUAAAAUAAGAUUGAUAAAAAGGUCAGUGUGUAAAUUUUGAAAACAAAAAUGAUGGCGAAGGAGAGCGAAGACGAAGACCAAAUCACCGACGUUGUUUCUCACGCCGAGAUGAGAGCCAUGCUCUGGGGCCGACAGAGAGAAAAGAAUGUCAGUGAUAAUUCAAUGUCGUCUAAAGCAGACGACCAGGUGACGUCAUAUCGGGCGGAGAGACCCACUAGUCUCAGCGAAGAAUGGAAGGAAUUAAAGCGGCUUCGCAGUACUGACGGAACACCGGAAAACCUAAACAUGGGGCCACCGAAAACGCACACUAAAGGUUCCGUUUGGAAAAAUUUUGUCGCUCUGUGCACAGGACUAAUGUUGGCUUUUAUGUCCUUCUUGCCGCUUCGAAACAUUCAAACCAGUAUAUUUUCAGACUAUUAUCUUGGCACAAUUUCACUAGGACUUAUAUAUGGAAGUUUUGUAAUUGGUUGCAUGAUUUCGCCGUGGUUGGUACAAAAUGCUCGACCGAAAGGGUUAAUUUUACUUUCCUUGAUUUCACAUGUAUUCUUUGUGACAUCUAACCUGUUUCCCUCAUUUUGGACGCUUUUGCCGAUGUCAGUGCUUUUCGGAUUUUUUCAGGCCCCUUUGUGGUCGGUUCAAGAACUUUUAAUUGGAAGCUACGGAACGAGUUAUUCAACUAUAACAGGAAUUAGGAUAGAACGUUCGAUUCAUCAAUUUCAGAGCGUUUUUGUCGUGUUUUGCCAUACUGCACAGAUUCUUGGAAAUUUAAUGCAAAGCAUUACUCUAAGAUUUGAUGAUAAUUACAGUCAUGCCAAAAUUCCCACCGAGAAAAACCAUAUAACCAUAUGUAAUAACUCUUCUAUGUGUCAAGAAGAGUUCCACGUGACUUACGACGGAGAUUUCGGCCAGAAAUUUAUGCGUUAUUUUGCGGAGGAUUUUGAAAAGCUGGAUUAUUUGCAAAUCUUAAAGUUGUUUUACUUGUGUCUGGCAUGUUGUUCAGUCAUUCUAAUAGGAUGCUGCCUGAGGAAGCCAGACAUAAUUAUAAACAAAAGAAAAACACCAUUUUGGGAUAAAAUCUGCGAUGUUUCGAGCUUUUUUCGAACAAAGACAUUUCUCAUGCUUGGUUUAUUGAUGACAUUUACUGGUAUGCAGCAAGCCAUUGUUAUUAGUGACGUCACGAAGAUGUACGGGACGAACACAUUAGGACUGGGAAUGAUUGGGUACAUCAUGAUGUGCUAUGGAACCUCUCAGCUGGCCAUGUUGUUAAUCAUUGAAAAACUGCAGAAGAGACUAAAACCAGUUGUGUUUGUUCUGAAAGGUUUCCUGGUCACACAAGGUCUUCUGCUUGUGCUUUACAUCUGGGAGCCUCGUUCUGAUUCUGUUUACAGUAUUCUAGGAUUUAUGUCCCUUUGGGGAGCCGUGGAUGCCGUUUGGCAGUCGCAAGUGCAAGGUAUCUUGGUGUCGUCUGCUGCGCGAAAGGAGCCGGCUGUCAUCUGCUACAGGGUGUGUCAGGGAGUGGGGCUUUGUGUUGUCUUCUUUUCCUCCAUCGUACUCAGUCUCCUGUACAAAGUUUGUUUGAUCGGAUCUACACUUGUGUUGGGAGUCAUUGGAUAUCUUGUAAUGGAGGUGUCCAAUAACCCAGUCACACCGCAGGAGAACCGAGCGUUCAGCGUAUAACUAUAUUUGUUUAUGUUUGUUUAUAUUUCUUAUAAUUGUUUCAAUCUCUUUAUCACGAUUGGAUUAUUGGUUAAAAUCAUAUACAGUUUACAAUACAUUUUUUUUAAUUCCAAUCCCUGAAUUCUAAUCUAACUGACAGUGACACAUUAUUCGUUACACGUAACUGGGUAGAUCAGUAGUUUACUAAGCAAGUAGGAUACACAAGUAGGAAUCGAAAAGAUAAAAACCCAUUUUAAAAGCAAAACAAAAGUAAAACUCUCUGAAAAAGGAAUAUAUGGAUUGAAAGAUUCCUUUUUUAAUAAUUUUGUGUCUAAAACUUAUGUAUCACACAUCAACAUUUGAAAAUCGACGAAUUGUUUUAAAGAAUAAAUUGUUAUCUUUAGUGUUUCAUGUGAGUAUGAAAGUAGCAUAAGGGUUAUGUAUAUUUUUCUCCUACGUUUGUUACCUUCAUACCUGUGUGAAACAUUAAAGACAGCAUAUAUAUCUAAAUCAUUUAAUCACUUAUUGAUAAAAAGUGGGUCAAAGUACGUAUUUUUUUUUUUUUUUUUUUUUUUUUUUUUUUUUUUGCUGUUGACCAGAACCUUUCAAAGAAGGAACAGCCAAUUGUCAAAUUAUAUAUGAAGAUCACCAUGGCGAUAACAAUAUCUUUGACGACUUGAGUCUGUAAAUUCAUGAUCUCAAUGUAGCUUUCGUUUCAUUUGAUCAAGAAAUAAUCCACACAUAGUCAACUCUUAAAGUGCAAAACCGGACAUCAAUGAACGAUGUAAGAAUUGUUGAUUUUAUCUAUUUGAAUUAAAGUUGACGUUUGAUUAUAACAAAAUAAACAGCAGAUUUUAAUAUAAUGUUAUUUUAUCUAAAUAAGUAGAACAAAAGUGACACACAUUCUAUGCAAUGCACAUUUUCUAAUAUCAAUUUUUUUCAGUUCGUACAUAAGCAAUAUUAUUGUAAGCUUGUCUUUUAGCAAGUAUUGUGCUGCUGUAUAUUUAAACAUUUUAAUCUUCUUUUUUUUCAUGCAAAGGUAAUACACUCUGAGCUUUGAUAUACACUGUCUAAUUUUAAUUUUGCCUUUGGAACUUGUUCAGAUGUAAAUUAUUUGAGUUCUCAAAAAUAUUAAAGUUGACUCAACAAUAUGUUAAGCCGGACGCUGCCUGUUGUAUUUCCGUGGACUAGAGCUUUCAUUGAUUUAACCCGUCAUAUGCAACGAAUACAAAUAAGUUUGGCUUUUGUUAUACAAUUUUUAUUUGGAAAAUAAAUUGUAUCGUAUUCGUUAUGAA